CGGAGUCAGGGCAUAAACUUUACGCACAAGUUUCCUUUGGGAGCACAUCAGCACUGCAAGGUCAGAGACGCAAGGCUAAAAAGACACAAAUUCUCUCUCAACUGGAAUAAAAUCUAGCCUGAAGAGACGCCUGCUUUGGAGAACGGACUUGAAGUAUUUCAUAUUUUUUUAAAUACUUUUUUAAUGCAAAAUGAACAUUCAGAGGGCGACGUUGUUUUUCUGUUGGAUGAUUCUGUGCAUGGACACCUGUCUGAGCCAGAGAGACUGCACAGGUGUGGACUGUCCUGUUCUUCAGAACUGCAUCGAAACGGGUUUAGAACAGGGCGCCUGCUGCCCCACCUGUACGCAAAGGGGCUGCACCUGCGAGGGCUACCAGUACUACGACUGCAUCCAAGCAGGGUUCGAGAAAGGGAAAGUCCCAGAGGGGGAAUCUUACUUUGUGGACUUUGGAAGCACUGAAUGCUCCUGUCCGCAGGGAGGGGGGAAGAUAAGCUGCCGUUUUAUUCCAUGCCCUGAAAUUCCCCCCAGCUGCAUCGAUAUUUUACAACCUGCAGAUGGAUGUCCUCAAUGUGGGCGAAUUGGCUGUACGCAUGGCAACAAGAAAUACGAGGCAGGACACUCCUUUCAGAUGGACCACUGUCAGGUGUGCCACUGUCCAAAUGAAGGUGGAAGGUUAAUGUGUUCACCUAUCCCCGGUUGUGACCUUCGUAGUUCUAAUAAGCCCAUGUGGGUUACGACCACUAACAACAACAACCCUUUGAGAGAUGUUAGCAGUCGCCAUGACAGCCGACAAACGAGUCCUGUAGAACCAUUUUCCAAGCUGGCGCUGGGAAACACUCUCCCACUGUAUAAGCAGGACCCACCCAGUCUUGGCAAUGAGGAUUAUGACUAUACGUUGGCAGGGCCGACGUCUUCCACUAUGCAAAAGCUGGCCCAACCACUGGAAUCUACUACAGUACCACCAGCUUACCCAGAGUCAAGCUCCACUUCAUUUAAAUCCCAUGAUGACAAGAGACAUGAGCUGAGAAGGACGCAAAAAAGCCCUGAUCCAGAGCGGAGCAGAGAGUCUGAGGUCACACAUAACAUGGAUCCAACCACUGCGGGGACUCAGGGCGAAACGUCAACGUCGCUAACAACCACACAGAAGGUGACCACAGAGAACCACAGGCCGCAACAGGAAAGCGGCGAAAGGGCCAUUAGACAUAGCAGUGACAGAAACAGGGUGGUGCAGGAUGCUUUAAAAGACACAGCAUACGGCGCACGUGCAAACAAGGGGUCCAGGCACAAACACAGUCAUGGCGGUCACACUGGGAGUCACGGCGGCUCCCGUUCUGUCGGCCAUAAGGAACAGGAAAAGGUGUCGGUGGAGCGCAGGCAGCUGCUCGGUAAAGAAGAGCAGGGCUCAUACCCCACGAUACAGUUCAGUCCCACCAGCAAAGCUCCAGUCAGGAUGAGGGAGGAUGGAGAGCAGCCUCAAAGACAACCCCAGACCCUCUACAACUACCAGUCUCAGGGUUUGGAGGGAGACGCAGAGGUGUCUGCCAGGGAGCUGGUGAAGACCUGCUGUGAGACAGGGGAGAAAUGGGCUUCAGCUAAUGGUCACUGCAACAGCAUGGAGCCACCCACAAAAGAUAGCCGCUCCAUCUGCUGGACUGCCCAACAACAGUGCUGCCUCGGCUCCCUGGGAGAAAGUCGGUGUUUGGCUGGAAUUAAUGCUGCCCGAGCAGGAGAUAUGUGUCAAGAGAAUGCCAGCGAUAAAUGUGGGAUCGAUUCCUACAAGGAGUGCUGUGACUGCUGCGCUCUGGGGCUGCAGUUCCGCAGCGAGGGGCAUCGCUGCGAAGCCCACCCGUACCUGGGCUUUCACUGCAGGCACGUCUUUGUGACGUGCUGUGAGGGGGAGGGCAGUCAGGACGACUGGCACUCUGUCAGAGAGAGGCCCGCUCUCACCUCCACUCCAACACCUAAAAAAGUAUCUGACAGCCCGUACCCUAAAGAGGCCUUCUCCAUCGGGGAGGAGCGUGAUGGGGAGAAUGCAGUGGAGGGUCCGGUUGAGGUGGAGGACAUGGACGAGUGCCUGAUGUAUGAGGGCAACAUCUGCCACCAAAGAUGCAUCAACACGCCAGGCUCUUUCCGGUGUGAGUGCUUCCCUGGAUACGUGAUGCAAGAGGACGCGUUCACUUGUGCGCAAGAGACGGUGGACGAGGAGAACAGACUGAAGGAGGAUGACAGAGCGGGAGCGGAGCCCACUUCACCGCUUCCGCCUCCCACCGAGCGCCCCGUCCCACUCAACCCCUGUGAAGGAAGCAACCCAUGUGAGCAACACUGCACCUCAGUGGGCGGAAGGCCACAAUGCUCCUGUUUCCCAGGAUUCUCCCUUAUGGCUGACGGGCGCUCCUGUGAGGACGUUAAUGAGUGCUUGUCCGCACGUGCCUGCCAGCUGAACGAGCGCUGCGUGAAUACUGCAGGGAGUUAUGUCUGCCAGAGACUGAUCACCUGUCCCCCGGGACACCAGAUCAACAAUGAUGUUUGUGAAGAUAUCAAUGAGUGUGUGCAGCAGAGCCAUAACUGUGGACCCGGCUUUGAGUGUGUGAACACAGAGGGCUCGUUCAGGUGCAACCCUAAACCUCGAUGUCCUGUGGGCUUUAACCAGGACGCAGGGGGCAACUGUAUAGACAUUGAUGAGUGUGGCACUUUGGCCCAGCCAUGUAGCGUGGGAUUUAACUGCAUCAACACAGAGGGAUCCUACAUGUGCCAGAGGAAGAUAAUAUGUAGCCGUGGCUAUCACGCCAGUCCCGAUGGAUCCAGAUGUGUUGAUGUGGACGAGUGUCAGGGCAGUCUGCAUCGAUGUGGAGAGGGCCAACUGUGCCACAAUCUGCCCGGAUCCUAUCGUUGUGAAUGCCAGACAGGCUAUCAGUACGACUCAUUCAGGAGGUUGUGUGUAGAUGUAAAUGAGUGCUGGCGCUACCCAGGCCGCCUGUGUGCCCAGACCUGUGAGAACACCCCAGGCUCCUAUGAAUGCUCUUGUACCUCUGGCUUCCGCUUAUCCGGCGAUGGCAAGAACUGUGAAGAUAUGAAUGAGUGUUUGGCCAGCCCAUGCAGUCAGGAGUGUGCCAACAUCUAUGGUUCCUACCAGUGCUACUGCAGACAGGGCUACUACCUCAGGGAGGACGGGCACACCUGUGAAGACAUCGACGAGUGUUCGCAGAGCAUCGGCCAUCUGUGCACCUACAAGUGUGUGAACGUUCCUGGCAGUUACCAGUGUGCUUGUCCUGAGUAUGGAUACACCAUGUCUCCAAAUGGACGCUCUUGCAGAGAUAUUGAUGAGUGUGCCACAGGGGCCCAUAACUGCUCUCUAGCUGAGACCUGCUACAACAUCCAAGGAGGGUACCGCUGCCUUUCUCUCAACUGUCCACCAAACUACCGCAAGGUGUCCGACACGCGCUGUGAGCGGAUCAGCUGUCCCAACUAUCUGGAGUGUCAAAACUCUCCUCUGAGAAUCACCUACUACUACCUCAGCUUCCAGUCCAACAUUGUCAUCCCUGCUCAGAUCUUCCGCAUCGGACCCUCCCCCGCCUACUCCGGAGACAACGUUAUCGUCAGCAUCACGCAGGGAAACGAGGAAAACUACUUCAGCACCCGGAAGCUUAAUGCCUACACGGGUGCCGUGUACUUGCACCGACAGGUUGAGGGUCCGAGGGAUUUUUUAAUCAAUGUAGAGAUGAAGCUUUGGAGACAGGGGACGUUUACCACUUUCCAAGCCAGGAUCUACGUCUUCAUCACAGCCAGCCCGCUCUAACCGUUGGAGAUGUGCUGCGGCCACUAUGGACCUUAAUUCAGUUGAUGAGGACUUUUCACAUCACUAUUUAACAAUGCCAUAAAGUAUACCACUGUUUGUCUCAAAUGGUUUGAGUAGUUAAUCUUGCUUAUGUCCAGUUGAAGUUAAUAUUAAAACAUUGCUGUGAGAAUAGUGGAACAUUCAGAGAGAAACUGUUGGUUUGUGCCAGUUUCUGUUUUCACUGCAAUUGCAUGAGAAUCCCACAAUGUCAAUGUCUUUAUUUUUCACUUGAAUUGCAAAUAUACAGCACAUGUCAUUAAUUUCCAAUGGAAAACACAUUCCGCGUUUGCAAAAACCUAUUAAGAUCUAAAUCCAAAAUAAUAUGUUUGGAGCUGCAAAGAUAUUUAUUAUACCACCAGGAUGAAGCAAUUAGCCAUUACUUUGAUUAUCUUAACCAGAUGUCAGUAAAGCGUAAAAAAUGAUAACAGGCAACCUCUAGCUUCUGCCUGUUUUUCAUACUGAGAGACUUUCUGUUAUCAGAUGAUGUGUAAUUUGACAACACUGUGGUUAAAGCAGGAGAAAUUGUUUUGUACGAGUUCCCAUUACAGUGCCUAAUCAACUAUAUCUCUUUUCUUUGCCCCUGCGCUGCUGUUUUUGUUUUGUCUUUGAAGUACUUUAUAUUGUAUAAUUUUAUAUUACUCUAUAUGGUGAGUUUUUUUUUUCUAUAAGACACAUUAUAGAUGGAUGUAUCAUAUUUGUUAUGCUAGAUUCACAAGCUGCAAAGUAUUUUAGUAAAAUAUUAAAAAAACACCAAUGUGAUUUGGUGACUAUCGGCUAAUUUUAUUUAUCAGUAUCGCUUGUGUUUUGUUUCACAGUCAUUCCCCACUAAUUCUCACUCGACAUACUUGUUUGAUUAUGCACCAAUUCAUGCCUAUACACGGUAUAUAGUCAACAUUAUUUCUCAGUGAAGCUGUUAAACUAUAUAAUCCAUUCUUGUCAGGGCAUGUCACACAGUAAAUAUCCAUGCCCAUUUACAUACCUGUUCACACCUUGCUAGUGAGCUCAACAUGAGUGUCACCCAUCAACACACGCCUGUUUGACGCAUACACACACUUAA